AUGAGUUCUUUCUCCUCUCCUUCUACUAUGUUCCUCCCUCAUCUUACAGACUACCAAAGAAUAGACGGUGAGGAGCACUUGAAUGCUCUACUUCAAGCCUGCCCCAUCCCGCCGAAGGUAUACGAGGACUUUGCUGCGGAUGACUUUGAGGAAGUCCGGAUCAAUUUCGAGGAGGGGUAUGUGUGGCAUGGGAGGUGUGUGUGUUGCACGGGAGGGGUGCGUGUUGCACGGGAAGGGGUGUGUGUUGCACGGGAGGGGUGUGUGUUGCACGGGAGGGGUGUGUGUUGCACGGGAGGGGUGCGUGUUGCACGGGAAGGGGUGUGUGUUGCACGGGAGGGGUGUGUGUUGCACGGGAGGGGUGUGUGUUGCACGGGAGGGGUGUGUGUUGCACGGGAGGGGUGUGUGUUGCACGGGAGGGGUGUGUGUUGCACGGGAGGGGUGUGUGUUGCACGGGAGGGGUGUGUGUUGUACGGGAGGGGUGUGUGUUGCACGGGAGGGGUGUGUGUUGCACGGGAGGGGUGUGUGUUGCACGGGAGGGGCACCUUUAUCCAGGCGGCCUUUUUUAGAUUGCAACAGCAGGUGGAGCUGCGGCUGCUCGAGCAGGGAGGGGCGAUGAUUCAGCGGAACGCGCAGAGCGAGGGGGGGCUGCCAUCAGGUGAAGGGUGUGGAGGCGAAGGCGGAGCUGGAGGCGGAAGUACCCCCGCUCUUCCCACUAGGGAUGAGGGGGAGCACGGCACGCACGGCACUCCUGCCAGCAGCAGCACCGGCGACGCCAGCAGCAGCACCGGCAACGCGACAUACACGGUGGAGAUGGAUUAUGAAAGCGCGGGUGCUGUCCUCCUUUUCCAUGCCAUUCACCUCCAUGCCCCUCUCUCCUCCCACCAGGCGUACACGGAGGGGAUGGAGGCGGGGGCGGGGAACAUUCAGCUGCACAUUCAGCUACUGCUGCUGCUGUAG